CUGGCCCGUCGGGUUGCGGAGGGAAGCAGUAACAGGCGGCGGUGGCAGCAGCGGCCGGGGUAAUAGCCGGAAGAGAGAAUCAAAACUCUAGUCUCUUUUAAGCAGAGCUGACUGGCAUAGUGGAAACUACCAUGAGACUUCUCUGUACCGCACUUUCUUUGACCUUGAUUUACCAGCUGGUUGAUGCUACAUUAUCAAAGACAGAUGCAAAGAAAAUGGCUUCAAAAACACUGGAGGAAAAGAUAUUGCAUUCAGACAAAAUUGUACAAGACCGGGGUCUGGUAGUCACUGAUCCAAAGGCAAAAGAUAUUGUGUUGGAACACAAAAGUUACUGUGCCAAGAAAACGAAGGAGAGACACUUCUGGGGAGAUGUUCUGGGAUAUAUCACCCCUUGGAACAACCAUGGCUACGACAUUGCUAAAAUGUUUGGAAACAAAUUUACGUUGAUCUCCCCAGUCUGGCUACAGGUGAAAAGAAAGGGAAAGGAGAUGUUCCAGUUCACAGGGCUACAUGAUGCUGAUCAAGAUUGGAUAAAGGAUGUCAAGAAAAACUCUAAAAACAUCAAAAUAGUUCCUCGGAUUUUGUUUGAUGGCUGGACUUACCAAGAUUUUGAGAGUAUUUUUGGCAGUGAGGAUGAGAUAGAGGAGCUUUCCAAGACUAUGGUGCAAAUAGCCAAGGAAGAAAAUUUUGAUGGAUACGUAGUGGAAGUAUGGAGUCAGCUGGGAAAUCAAAAGCAGACGGAGCUGAUUCAUUUGCUCACUCACCUCUCAGAAGCUCUCCAUGAAGCACAGCUUAAGCUAAUACUGGUCAUCCCACCUGCUGUCACACCAGGGACUAACCAGCUGGGAAUGUUCACAAAGAAAGAAUUUGAUCAAUUGGCCCCAGUAAUGGACAGCUUCAGUCUCAUGACGUACGACUAUUCAACACCACAGCGGCCUGGCCCAAACUCCCCACUUCCCUGGGUACGGGCCUGUGUUCAGGUGCUUGAUCCUGAAUCCAAAUGGAGGAGUAAAAUUCUUCUGGGGCUGAAUUUCUAUGGCAUGGACUAUUCAGCACUGGGUGCUUCUGGAGAGCCAAUCCUUGGUAACAGUCACAGACCAUAUACCUCCUGCCUCAAGUUCUGAGGAAGAUGAAAGAAUGGAGCAUCUGUGAUCUUGAUUGCUCCUGGGUGGCACAGGCAGUCCUGGCUCCCAGGCAUUCUCCAAACACCCCUAUGCAUCCAUAUUCAGCUCUUCCCAGGCUUCUUGACUCAGGACAGAGGCAAGAUGAACCACCCUAAUCCAGCAUCCCUCCAUCUAACAGCAUGAUAUUUGUACGAGCAAUGGACCUAGAAAAUCAUGCGUGGAAGUGAUACAAUCCAUCCUGAGCAAUAGUGAAGAUUCCAAGAGGAAAUGCUACACAGCAAAAUGGAAAAGAUCCAGCAUUGCCAGAUACCCCCCAGAGGGAGCCAAGAGCCCUACUAUUCUGGACUAUUUCCUCUUUCUAAAAAUGUCAGAACUAUCUCUCAGUUCCUUGCAGGUCCACUUGGCAGCUAUUAGUGCCUUUCACCAUCUGGUGGAUAGCUAUUCAUUUUUGCCCAUCCUAUUACAGUGGGGUUUCUAAAGGGACUUGUGAGAUCCUCUCCUUUGAUACUGAAACCUAACCCAACAUGGGAUCUCGACCUAUGUCCUAUUGGUAUUAAUGGAGGCUCCGUUCUAAACCUUAGCCUUGUAUCCUUUGUUUAUCUAUCAUUGAAGAUUGCCUUUCUAGGGGGCUCUGCAUUUCAAUUUAAUUUUAAAUGAAGGUUCUUAAACAUUUUAAAAACCUUAUUUACUUUACAUACAACAAUAGUUUAGUUAUAUAUUAUGGACUUAUAGAAAGAGACCUUCUAAAAACAUUAAAAUGUAUUACUGGCACGCAGAACCUUAAAUUAGAGUGAAUAAGUGAAGACUCGGCACACCACUUCUGAAAGGUUGCCAACCCCUGCUCUAAAUCAUGUUAUCUACAUACUUGUCACGUUCUGAAGCCUCAUGCUACCAAAUAGGACAAAAAACUACACUCUGGAUGUAUGUUGAGCCUUAGCCUUGUACCUGCAGAGGGCAAAACCCUUUAAGAAAUCCCUGAAAUGAUUUAUCUCCUUGGCUGAGGAAUGAAUGAGAGGUGUAGCCUUGCAUGCAUAUAUGUACAUGAAAAGAAAGGUAUUGAUUGAUGCUCUAAUGCAAGUAGUGAAUCAACAGGCCCAAGGCAUAUAAGGUAAGAAUGGCUUAGCAUAACUAAGGAUUGGGCUUGACAUGAUUAGAUGACAGGCAAGUGGGGGGAGGGAUAGCUCAGUGGUUUGAGCAUUGGCCUGCUAAACCCAGGGUUAUGAGUUCAAUCCUUGAGGGGGCACUUAGGAAUAUGGGGCAAAUCAGUACUUGGGCCUUCUAGUGAAGGCAGGGGGCUGGACUUGAUGACCCUUCAUGGUCCCUUCCAGUUCUGGGAGAUGGGUAUGUCUCCUUUAUUAUUAUAUUAUAAGUGACCUUAAGUCACAGGGUAAAGUAUAACAGUAUGCAAGUAUUAAAAAUUAGUCAAUUAGUGUUAAGUAAGAAACCACAAACAUAGGUUACAGUUUAGGAUAUUUUUAGGCAAUUUGUAUAACUGAAACUCACAAGGUUUUAUUGUAAUAUUCCUAUAAGAAUGGCCAAACUGAGUCAGACCAAAGGUCCAUCUAGCCCAGUAUCCUAUCUUCCGAUAGUGGCCAAUGCCAGUUGCUUCAGAGGGAAUGAACAGAAUAGGUUAAAAAAAAUAUUGAAGAUAUACCAAUCUCGUAGAAUUGGAAGAGACCUUGAAAGGUCAUCGAGUCCAGCCCCCUGCUUCAAGUGAUCCAUCCCCUGUAGCCCAUUCCCAGCUUCUGGCAAACAGAGGCUAGGGACACCAUUCAUGCCCAUCCUAGCUAAUAGCCAUUAAUGAACCUAUCCUCCAUGAAUUUAUCUAGUCCUUUUUUUAACCCUGUUAUAGUUUUGGCCUUCACAACAUCCUCUGGCAAGGAGUUCCACAGGUAGACUGUGCAUUGUUUGAAGAAAUAUUUCCUUUUGUUUGUUUUAAACCUGCUGCCUAUUAAUUUCAUUUGGUGACCUCUAGUUCUUGUGUCAUGAAGAAUAAAUAACACUUCCUUAUUUA